GCGAGGUGGGGGGAAACUCUUCUACUCCUGCUGCUGCUACUCCCAGACUGAGGACAGACUGAGCACAGGAGGAGAGAGAGAGAGAGAGAGAGAGAGAGAGAGAGAGAGAGAGAGAGAAGCGGCGGCAGGAAAAGAGUGGCAGCAGGCAGGCAGCGUGGAGAGCUGGUGUAAGAGCCCCGCACUCUCCGGAGACUGAUCGCUGCAAGGCUUUGAUCAGCCCCAGAAUAGUUAGCACAAGCCUCUCUCUCUCUCUCUCCUUCUUCUUCUCCCCCCCCCCAAGGAGGGGGGAGGAGGCGAGAUCCUCUGUGCAUUAAGGUGCAGCCUGCCCUACCGCUUGCCGGAAGAUGCGAACUCAGGGCAGAGGCAGAGCCCCAGAGGAGACGCUGCGACUACCUGUGUGGCCCCGCCACGGUGCCUGCUGAGACCUGAGCCUGCAACCUCAGCCACCAUCACCAUGUGAACGCUUCGAAUCCGGUUCGGUGCUGCUGCUUGGACCCAUCAUUCUUAUGAGAUGCUGAUUAUUUAAGAAAAAAAACGAGGGGGGGAACCUCUCCCCCAUCUUUUCUUGUUUUGUUUUCUUUUUCAUUCUUUCACCCCCUACCUUUUUCAUAUUUUUUUAAACCCCAGCUCUCCUGGAGAUCACUUUAGGUGGGAGUUUUCCUCUGAAGACCGAGGCAGUUCCAGAGCAAUAUCAGAUCUCAUUAGCUUUACAAAGAUAAUGAUUCCAAAGACUACCAGAUAAUUGCCACUGGCUAAGCAAGAAGGCUCACGUGGGCAUUACUACAGUUCUGGAAGGGUGCAAGAACCAUCCUGCAGGCUGGUCCAUCUGUCAAAAUAUCUGGACACCCUGUUCCAAUAUCAACUAAGGGCUGAUUUGCACAUAGGGAACGAGGGCAACAGCCACAGCACCUGAAACACCACAGAAAGGAACUGGGGAAGAAGGAAAGCGGUGUCACCAUGGAGAAGGACAGCAUGACUCUAGCUGAUCAACAAUAUGAAUGUGUAGCUGAGAUUGGUGAAGGAGCCUAUGGGAAGGUGUUCAAGGCCCGGGACCUGAAGAAUGGUGGACGUUUUGUAGCACUGAAGAGGGUGCGGGUGCAGACAAGUGAAGAGGGGAUGCCACUUUCCACCAUACGUGAGGUGGCUGUAUUGAAGCAUCUGGAAACAUUUGAGCAUCCCAACGUGGUCAGGUUGUUCGAUGUAUGCACAGCAUCCCGAACAGACAGAGAGACGAAACUAACACUGGUGUUUGAACAUGUUGAUCAAGACUUGACAACUUAUUUGAAUAAAGUUCCAGAGCCUGGUGUGCCUAGCGAAACUAUAAAGGACAUGAUGUUUCAACUCCUACGAGGGCUUGAUUUUCUGCAUUCGCACAGAGUGGUCCACCGUGAUCUGAAACCGCAAAACAUCCUAGUCACCAGCAAUGGGCAGAUAAAAUUAGCCGACUUUGGCCUUGCAAGGAUCUACAGUUUUCAAAUGGCUCUUACAUCUGUGGUUGUCACUCUAUGGUACAGAGCUCCUGAAGUUUUGCUUCAAUCCAGUUAUGCAACGCCAGUCGAUCUUUGGAGCGUUGGCUGUAUAUUUGCAGAAAUGUUCCGUCGAAAGGCACUUUUUCGUGGAAACUCGGAUGUUGAUCAGCUAGGAAAAAUCUUUGAUGCAAUUGGGCUUCCCAAAGAAGAGGACUGGCCCAGUGACGUUGCCCUCCCAAGGAAUGCUUUUCCUGCUAGAGAUCCGCAGCCCAUUGAGCUUUUCGUAACGGAUAUUGAUGAACUAGGCAAAGACUUGCUGCUUAAAUGUUUGGCAUUCAACCCCACAAAGAGAAUAUCAGCUUACGAUGCCUUAUCUCACCCUUAUUUUCAUGAUCUGGAGAAAUGCAAGGAGAAUACGGACUCUGAUUUGUCAUCCCUUCAAAACUCCACUGAGAUGACUACACCAUAAGGCUGCUUGAGGUCCAACUUACAGAUGAACAAAAUGUAGAUGAUAAGGUCACUGUUGAGGGUAAAAGAA